ACCGGAGCAGAUGCAGAGCUCUUCACUCACUCACUCACUCACUCACUCACUCUGCCCUUAAAAUGGUGGCCAGCAGCAUGGUGUGAUGAUCACACUCUCCUGCAAAGGCACUUCACCUGGAGGUGUAGUGUGAGGAGAGCUUUUUCUUUGCACCUUUUGGUUUUUUGGAGCUUCAGCAAUGGGGGAGGUCAAGCAUCUUUGCCUGGUGAAGUUCAAGGAAGAGGUCUUGGUGGAUGACAUCCUGCAAGGCAUGACCAAGCUUGUCUCGGAGAUGGACAUGGUGAAAUCCUUCGAGUGGGGGAAGGAUGUGUUGAACCAGGAGAUGCUGACACAGGGCUUCACUCAUGUCUUCUCGCUGACCUUCGCGAGCUCUGAAGAUCUGACGACCUACAUGAGCCACGAGAGACACCAGGAGUUCGCCGGCACGUUCAUGGCGGCGAUCGACAAGGUCGUCGUCGUCGACUUCCCCGUCGUCGCCUCCAAGCCUGCACCACCGGCGGCACCGGCGGCGGCGGCGUGAUGAUGACGACAUCAACUGUCCAUCAAGCAUCCAUCCGCCAUGGCAUCAACCAUUGCAUCAUUGUUCCAAGUACUUUCAGGUAUCCAUCCAUCCAUCUACACACGCAGAUAGCUGUGAUAGAUGUACCUUAGGUUCCAUUAUUGCAUGUUUCUGCUGCUUCAGUGUUGAGCUGGUGUAGCUUAGCUAAAGCUGUAAUGCAGCUCUAUCCCGUGCAUUCCGUUCAAAGCUUGUUCGGUUAUUCUUGGAAUAAAUUUCGGUGAUCUUUUGGUUGCUGUGACUUAA